AUGAAUAAGUCUGCAGAUGAAGUAGCACACAAUUUAUCAGUGCAUGUGUUUUCUGUUGUUGGUCUUCCGUCUAUCCUACAGCAUGACAACAGGAAAGAGUUUUGCAACGCAGUAAUAAGAGAAACGUUAAAACUUUGGCCCGGCGAUGUUAAGAUAAUAACAGGAAGACCUGGGCAUCCUAGAACACAGGGUUUAGUGGAACAGGUUCAUGACUCACUUCAUAAACUGUUGGCAUCAAAACGAGCAGACAAACCUGGCUCAGGAUGGCUUGAGUUUCUGUAUGAGAUACAGUAUUCACUGAACACACAGUGUCAUUCUAGUAUUAAAAUGACGCCUUUUGCAGCUGUAUUUUGUCAAAAAGCUAAUGAUGGUAUUUGUGUAGGUUCGCACGCAAGAGACUGA